UCCAUGCAAGCUUUCCGAUGUGGGGCCUUCGCGCAUGGGGAGUGGUUAAUUCCUACCACAAAGCUAUUCUAAAAAUUAACCUACACUAAGCCUACGCUAACAUUCUCUCGGGCUAGUGAUGGACAUGAGCACUUAACAGCUAAGUGACAGUUUUGUGCGGAAACGCAGUACACACCUAAAUGAACACGGUACAACGUCAUCGCGAACAACGGAAAUCGUCAGGGCAUAGGCCACAGAAACUGCACUCCCAGCGGAACACUGCUUUAAGCUCCAGUCUCGACUCUAAAUCUCUGACGCUAUCAGAGAUAGGUUGCUGUGAUGUCUGCCAGUUCUGCAUUCAGCGAUGACAAAGGUGGCUCCUCUAACGUUGGAGAGCCGGAGUAUGGCCAUGAUCCCGCAAGCGGUGGGAUUUUCUCCUCUGAUUACAAGAGACAUGAUGACCUAAAAGAAAUGUUGGACAGCAACAAAGACUCCUUAAAGCUGGAAGCUAUGAAGAGGAUUGUUGCUAUGAUUGCCAGAGGAAAGAACGCCUCAGAAUUGUUUCCAGCUGUGGUGAAGAAUGUGGCCUGUAAGAACAUCGAAGUGAAGAAACUUGUUUAUGUCUACCUUGUGCGUUAUGCUGAAGAACAGCAGGACCUUGCUCUGCUCUCCAUCUCCACAUUCCAGCGGGGGUUAAAGGACCCUAACCAGCUGAUUCGAGCAAGCGCACUACGAGUCCUCUCCAGUAUUAGAGUGACUAUCAUUGUGCCAAUCAUGAUGCUGGCCAUCAAAGAGGCUGCCUCGGACAUGUCCCCAUACGUCCGCAAGACCGCGGCUCACGCCAUCCCAAAGCUCUACAGUUUGGACCCCGAACAGAAGGACCAGUUGAUAGAGGUUAUAGAAAAACUUCUCGCUGACAAAACCACGCUGGUUGCUGGAAGUGUGGUCAUGGCCUUCGAGGAGGUGUGUCCAGAGCGCAUCGACCUAAUCCAUAAAAACUAUCGUAAACUGUGUAACCUGCUGAUCGACGUGGAGGAGUGGGGGCAGGUGGUCAUCAUCAACAUGCUCACUCGAUACGCCAGGACUCAAUUCCUCAACCCAAACAUCAAUGAGUGUCUUCUGGAGGAAGGAGGGGAGAAGGCUUUUUAUGGUUCUGAUGAGGAUGACGAGGCGAAGGAAGAAGAAAAUGCUGAAGUUUCUCCAAUGGCCAAAAGAAAGCCCUAUGUCAUGGACCCGGACCACAGGCUUCUACUGAGGAACACGAAACCACUCCUGCAGAGUCGCAACGCAGCUGUUGUAAUGGCAGUGGCCCAGCUCUACUUCCACCUGGCCCCAAAAGCAGAGGUUGGUGUUAUCGCCAAAGCUCUCGUUCGGCUCAUGAGAAGCCACAGUGAAGUCCAGUAUGUUGUCUUGCAAAAUGUGGCCACCAUGUCUAUCAAACGAAGGGGGAUGUUUGAACCAUACCUAAAGAGUUUCUACAUACGAUCUACAGACCCCACCCAAAUCAAGGUCCUUAAGCUUGAGGUUUUAACUAAUUUGGCAAGUGAGACCAAUAUUUCAACAAUCCUCCGAGAAUUUCAGACUUAUAUUAAAAGUAUGGACAAAGAUUUUGUUGCUGCCACAAUCCAAGCGAUUGGCCGCUGUGCUACAAAUAUCGGCGAGGUCCGGGAUACAUGUCUGAACGGAUUGGUCCAGUUACUCUCCAACCGUGAUGAGCUGGUGGUGGCGGAAUCAGUCGUGGUGAUCAAGAAGCUCCUACAGAUGCAGCCGGAGCAGCAUAGUGAGAUCAUUAAGCAUAUGGCUAAACUCACAGACAACAUUCAGGUCCCCAUGGCACGAGCUAGCAUCUUGUGGCUAAUUGGAGAGUACUGUGAGCAUGUGCCUAAGAUCGCUCCUGAUGUCCUGAGGAAGAUGGCUAAGACCUUCACUAACGAAGAGGACAUCGUCAAGCUACAGAUAAUCAAUCUGGCGGCCAAACUAUACCUGACUAACUCAAAACAGACUAAACUGCUUACUCAGUACGUCCUCAACCUGGCGAAGUAUGACCAAAACUAUGACAUUCGCGACCGAGCUCGAUUCAUCCGCCAACUCAUUGUACCCAUGGAGAAGGGCGGGGCCCUUAGCAAGUACGCUAAGAAGCUGUUCCUUGCCUUGAAACCCGCUCCUGUCUUGGAGUCUCCGUUUAAAGACAGGGACCACUUCCAGCUGGGCUCCCUGUCCCAUCUGCUGAACGCCAAGACCGGGGGGUACCAGGAGCUUCCGGACUGGCCUGACGUGGCCCCUGACCCGUCUGUGCGCAACGUGGAGCUAGAGGAAGUCUUUCCCACCAGUGAGGGGCGAAUCGGCCUGCUAGGAGACUGGAGAGAGGUUCCCGAAUGGACCAAGUGUAGCAGUCGCGACAAGAGGAAAGACAAGAAAGUAGAGAAGCCCUUCUACUCGGACUCUGACGGAGAGUCUGGCCCAACAGAAUCAGCCGACAGUGGAUCCGACUCUGCCAGCGGAUCAGAGAGCGGCGGCAGCAGCAGCAGCAGUGAGGAGGAGAGUGGGUCAGGGUCCGAGUCCGAGGAGAGUGAGGAAGAGUCUGACUCUGAGGAAGAGGAGCAAAAAAAGAAGAGAAAGAAGAUUGUGCAAAGAAAAAUGAAACCCCCUGCUUCAGAGAGCGCAGCCAGUGAGGAGAGCUGCGGAGAGGAUCAGAAGAUACUGCAGAAGCCUAAAGAGAUCCGAUCCGAGUCUGAUGAGGAGGACGAGAGCCAAUCAGAGAGCAGCGAGUCAGAAUCCGAGUCAGAGCCGGAGUCCGAGUCUGAGGCAGAGGUCAAGAAGAAGAAGAAGGUCUCUGUGCCCAACCUUCCCUCCAAACAAACCAGAAAAACAACUGUUGAAAAGAAGGAAAUGUCUCUUCUUGAUCUGGAUGACUUUGAACCUACCACGUCUCAAGUUACUCCAGUCAACAAUGUUCUAUCAAACAGCUUGGUGACAGACUUAGAAGGGUUGUCCUUGACUGACACCAUGAUGUCCUCAGCGACUGUUACUACAGCCAGCUCCCUGAAGAUGUACGAGCUCCUGCACCGGAUCAAAGGGGAGGGGCUGGCUGUGGAGUACUGCUUCAGCAGGCAGCCUUUCGGUUCCGACUCCCACAUGAUCGCCGUCCAGCUCCACUUCACCAACAACACCACGUCAGAGGUCAAGGCCCUGCGUGUGGAGGAGCCCAAGCUCCAGUCUGGCAUGAGGAUGAAAGAGUUUCCAGAAAUCGAUGUGUUGCCCCCAUCUGGGUCUGUGACUGUAGUCAUGGGCAUAGAUUUCAGUGAUUCCACACAAACCGCCAACUUCCAGCUCUGCACACACACCAGGAAGUUCUUUGUGUCUAUUCAGCCUCCAGUGGGAGAGCUGAUGAUGCCAGUCUUCAUGACAGAAAAUGAGUUUAAAAAAGAGCAAGGGAAGCUGAUGGGAAUGAACGAGCUGAGCGAGAAGCUGGUCCUGGGAGCGAUGUGUCAGAAUGACCACACCAUUGUGCAAAGGGUCACAUCCGCAGCCAACGUCAGCAGGGUUCCAUGCGGCUCAGACAAGGAGUGCAGGUUUGCAGGGAAGACGAUGACCAGUGGCAGUCUAGUCCUUGUUACCGUGGUGACCAAGGCGGACGAGGGUACAGUUCAGCUGACAGUCAAUUGUGAAAAGAUGGUGAUUGGCACCAUGCUGGUGAAGGAUAUCUUACAGGCCCUGAAUCAGUAGAACUUCUUCCAAUAGACACAGAAUCAAACCCCCCAUCAACCUGUAGUCCGCUGAAAUAUAAGGUGUGUAGUGUGCUAGAGAUGUAUUGACUGACUGGGUUAGCACAUGGUUGCCGUCAAUUAUACAUUAUACGUUUUUAUUUAAUUAUUAUUAGUUAACAUCCCUGAACUGGACCCAUUCGCCAGAUGUUGAAAGUUGUGUUUGUGUUUGUGUCGUUGAAUUUGUAUAUUGACAGUAUAUGGCAAGACUGACAAAGAGGAAAUAAGAAAAUAUUAUCCAGCUUUCUAAGUCUAGCCAUGUAUUGACUUCCUUCAAUGAAAAGCAAGCUGAAUAAACCCUAUUUAAAAAGCUGUGGAUACAGCGGCCUAUUA